UAUUGACAGCAGAUUGAGGAGCAGAAGAGGCUUCCGCUGGCUGGCUCAGCUUUGCCAACUUUUCCUUUUUUAUAAAAAAACAAACUUUGCUCCUAGCGUCGAGCAGCCGGGCAGCCGUCUACAAACAAUGUGCACUUGUCUGAGUGUGGGAGCCGCGACACUACACUAAAAGGGGGCAAUAUCUGCAAAGUUGUCGAUGAGGAAACAAGAGACUAAGUAAGGAUCCAUUGGAAAGGAGUGCGGCUACUCUGAUUCCGACUUCUUUUCCCCUUGGCCAUUCUGAGCCACUCCACUAGGGGGUCUGAGAGACUGGAGAGUUGCUACCGACAGAAGGGUUGAAGACACUGGGCCGCUCACUUCAACAAUGACUCUAGGUGCCGACAUGUCUGAUCAUUCACUGCUCUCCGAGGAUACAGAUAUUGAUGUGGUCGGUGAUAUGAACGGCAAAGAAGGGAAAUAUGGUCAUUUUCAUUCUGACAACGAUUCAGACGAUAUCUUAAGCAGGAACGUUUCCGAGAAUAUUGAGUCCCCGGACUUGUCCGGCGUGUCUGACCCAGGUACAAACAGGGCAAGUGACAAACCAUGUAAAAGUACCUUGGUCAAACCUCCUUAUUCUUACAUCGCUCUGAUCACUAUGGCCAUUCUCCAGAGUCCAAAGAAGAGACUAACACUGAGUGAGAUCUGCGAGUUUAUCAGUAAUCGUUUCCCCUACUACAGGGAAAAGUUUCCUGCCUGGCAGAACUCCAUCCGACACAAUUUGUCUCUCAACGACUGCUUCGUGAAAAUACCCCGGGAGCCCGGGAAUCCUGGCAAGGGCAACUACUGGACUCUCGACCCUGAUUCUGCAGACAUGUUCGACAACGGGAGCUUCCUUCGGAGGAGGAAACGGUUCAAAAGGCAGCAGCCGUCCGAAAUCUUGAGAGAUCACGGCAGCUUCAUGCCAAGUUUUGGAUAUGGACCUUAUGGCUGCGGUUAUGGCAUCCAGCUGCAAAAUUUCCACCACCCUCAUCACCAUGCUUCCCCGAGUACGUUCCCAUUCCAGCCUCCGCACUGUACGGUGCCAUCACCGGCGUCAAUGUUCCCAACUGCAGCCAUCCCCUCGCUUUUACACAGCAACGACUUAACCAGGAAAUCCUUCUACCCGCAGCUGAGCCCCACUCUACCUAACCUACAAGGAUUGAAAGCAGACCCCAGUCAGUCCAGGCCUUCCUUCUCUAUAGACAAUAUCAUAGGGGCUGCUCCGUCAAAUACCCCCGGGUCUCCCUACUCAGCUCCGCCUGGAAGCCAAGCGCAGGUCCUGGCAAUGUUAACUCCAGCACUCACGCAGUCCCAGAACCCUCUAAACUUAACGCACGAUAAUGUUCUACAGACUGGACAGACCUUUUCAAGUAAACUCACAAAUCUUAACACCUGUCACUAUUAAAAUUUCUCGUCCCGUGUAAGGUAGGAAUUAUACCUUUUGAAUAUUUGGAACCACAAAAGUAUGCUUCUGCUCUGGAAGAAAAGACAAGAUAUAUUUAUCGUAUGUAUAUAUGUAAAGAUACCUGGGGAAUAUUGAAUUCUUAAUGUCAUUCUUUCUCGUGCUGUCUGUACCGAAUGUUACCUUUUCCAAUAAUUUGAUCCACUAUACUGUUUAAGCACUGUUAAAGGACGGUUAGGGACCCUCAGGAUUAUGAAGAAAUGAUUUUGAUGUAAAAUACGCGAUUUAGAAGGGAAAUGGUGAAGAGAAUUAAUAAACGGAUCUUCUAAAAUUUCUGUUGCCUUCAGUCCCUAACUGUCUAGAUUUAUGGGUUUUCGGUAAUUAUUUGUAUAAAGAUAGAGGAAAGAUGUACAACUUUCGCACCUCCUGCCUGCUGUCUCAUUGGUUGUACAUCGAUCUAUUUUACGAGGGAAGUCUGUGAACAAUACAGUGCUAUAUGUUUAAAAUGUCCAUCAGGUCGUUUGGUGUAAAUUAAUAAAUGGUUUUAACUCU